AUGGCGGCGCUCGCCCCUUCCGCGGCGGCGCUCGCCCCUCUCCCACCGCCCACGCGCGCGCGUCACCGCCGCGUCACCACCCGCGCAUCGCCCGUAUCGGUCCGGUCCACCGCCGCGACGUCGUCGCUCGUCGCCCCGGUGCCAGACUCGGACUUCGGCCGCGUCGUGGACGGCCCGGCGCUCCUCUCGUUGCCGCACGCCGAGCGCAGGGCGGUCCUCCGCGAGGCGCUCGAGCGCGGAUCCGGGCUCGUCCUCGUCCCAAACCUCGCGGGCAUCUCCCCGCGCACCCUCGUCGAGCUGUCGUACGCGGUGGGGGACGUCGUGGAGAAGAACCCCGGCGUCGCACCCGAGUACCUCAUCCCGAACGUACCGGAGGUUCAGGUGAUCGGCAACGUCCGGGACGAACGCGGGGCGCUGCGCGCCAUGUUCAGCCGCGCCCCGCCCUUGCCCACCGACCGCAUCACCGGCGCACCCACGCUGCGGUACGAUCCGGAGCUGAGAUCGCCCGUGUGGCACACGGACCAGGCGUUCCGGGACCCGCCCCCGUUCGCCAGCCUGCUCUACUGCGUGAAAUCGCCGCCGGCGGGGGCGGGGGGCGACACCGCGUUCGCGGACAUGACCGCCGCGUGUAACGCCUUGGAUACGAACCGUCGCGAGGAGCUGCGCAAGUUACGCGCGGUGUGCUCCUACGCCCACCACAACGCCAAGGUGAACAGACGGACGCCCACGUACCCGCUGCUCACCCCAACUCAGAGAGCCGCGCACCCGCCCGUGGCUCAGCGAAUCAUUCGCGCCGACCCCGACACAAACACCGAAUCCCUGUACGGGUUCAGCAGCGCGGUGUGCGCUGUGAUCGACGAAAAAGACGAAGUAACGCCCGAGGACCUGGACAGGUACGACCUGCUCGGGGAGGAGGACGCGUCGGUUCGCGCGCUGAUGUACGACGAGCUCCUGCCGUUCGCCACCGGCGCGGAGUUUACGUAUCGGCACUCGUGGACGGAGGGGGAUCUGGUCGUGUGGGAUAACCUGCGAACGAUACACACCGCGACGCCGUUCGACGAGCGGUACGAUAGGGAGAUGUGGAGGACGACGGUGGCGCACGAGACGGGCGGGGAGGCGUACCUGGGCGCGAGCAUCGGUUGA